AAAUGCGCAUACUUUUUGCAUCGUUGGCCGCUGUUAUUUUGCUGUUGAUGCGAGAAACAAAAGCGGAGAUUAGUAAUUGCGACUUCUUCGGCACCGUGGAUAUCUCAAGUGGUCAAAAAUAUCCAAACGGUUCUUACUUAUAUGACGGCUUGCUGAUUCCCGCCGACUUAGUGGGUGAAUACAACUUCAAGCUUUCGUCUAAUGGUUCCAAAUCGAAGCACAUGAGAGGAUGUGUCUGUAGACUAAAGCCCUGCAUCAGGUUUUGCUGCCCGCACAAUCACAAAAUGAAGAGCAGCAAAUGCAUUGGUGAAAUGUCAAUAAAGGAACUUGAAGCCCACAAUCGUUUCGUGAACGUGACCCUAAACAACGGGACGGUGGUCAAAAGACACUUCAGAGAGGAUCUAGUCGUCCAAUCGGAUCUGCCCCUGCCCUGCGGUGACGAAAAAAUGCAUCACGCAGAUCAUACAAGGCCCGGCCACGGCUUCACAUUGUUUGAGAAUGGAACCUUUUUUCGGGCCUGGGACGAGGCGUACUUAAACAAGCGGGAAUACUGCGUACAGCACAUUGAGUUCAAGGGUGAUAAUAUUCGAAUCACGCCCCACUUUUGCCGUCUUGCAAAUGAAGCCUCGAAAACUGGGCAGACCGUUGUGAUGAUACUAUCGUUGGUUUGUAUGCUUCUUACGAUCAGCGUGUACCUCUACGUGGAGAAGCUGCAGAACCUGCACGGAAAGUGCUUUAUGUGCUACAUGGUCGCCCUGUUCGUGGCUUACCUACUCCUGCUCCUGAACUUGUGGGAGGUGUGGGAUAAGCCGUCGACGUCCUGCACUGCAACAGGGUUCCUGGGCUACUUUUUCGUCAUGUCCGCCUUCCUCUGGCUCUCAGUCAUCAGUUUUCACCUCUGGAUCACGUUAGCCAGCUCCCCCGACUUGGUGGACCGGCUCCUGCCAGAUCGCCAGUUCCUGGCCUACAACAGUUACGCAUGGGGCCUGGCGCUGGCUAUGACCGGGGUCACCUUUCUGGCUGAUAAUGUCAUAAAGAACAGGGACUGGGCACCUCGCACGGGCACCACACAAUGUUGGAUUUAUACCGCCGACAAUGCUGCCUUACUCUACUUCUACGGACCAAUGAUGCUGCUGAUUGCCUUCAACAUAGCCAUGUUCAUCCUGACGGCCCUAAGUAUAACAGGAGUAAAGAAAAACGUCAGGAAGAAUAAGAUCAACUCGGACAAACAGGUGUACACACUUUAUCUGCGGCUUUUCAUUCUCAUGGGUUUGACCUGGAGCUUCGAGAUAAUCAACUUUUUUGUGCGUCGGACGAAGUUUUGGGCUAGAAUUCUUCAGGUGGCUGACUAUCUAAACUGGUCCCAGGGUAUCAUCAUAUUCGUGCUGUUCAUUUUGAAGCCAAGCACUGUAAAGCUCUUGAAGAAUCAAAUGCAUCCAAACAACAGGUACAAAGCCAGCUACACGAGAUCGAAUGAAGGUCGAAGUACGACUAGCGGGAGUGAGGAGCAAAACUUAAAUCAAUCAUAGGCUGUGGGCAAGGAACCUCGCCAAUUAUUCACGCGCUGUCUUUAUGCUGCGAGCAGUGAACCCGCAUUUCUUUGUGCCUAACCAGUUGUUUGUUCACGCUUGGAAAUGAAAAUUCAGAUUUACAACGCACAAGUCAAUACGAUAAGUUGCAUGACACAAAAGAAUGAAAAUUUAAAGAUAGUAAUACAGUGAUACAUAACAAUGUUUCAUUCCAGUCAAUUAAAUGUCAAAGUAAUGAAAACAUAUAAAAUCAUGAAAUGUUUCGGAUUUCAAAGAAGCCUUAGUACGAACCUCAGGUCAAAGAUGAUUUAGUUUCUUAAUAAAAUUACACUUCACUCCA